AUGUUUUCAUCGAUCGCUGCAUUGAGACCUUGUGAGAUAACUCUGAUCCAAUAUUUGGGUAUUGAGUAUUAUAGAAGACAGCAAAAAUGUGAUUCGGUAUACCAGCUUGCAAUAGACCGACCCAAGAGAAGAUAUUUCAAUGUUAGUCCCAAGCCUUGUUUACAGCCAGCAUUAUAA